AGGAAGAACCGCGUGUGAGGAAGAACCGUGUGUGAGGAAGAACCGUGUAUGAACAUGAGCCGCGUGUAAGGAAGAACCGCAUGUGAACAUGAGCCAUGUGUGAGGAAGAACCAUGUGUGAACAUGAGCCGCGUGUAAGGAAGAACCGUGUGUGAGGAAGAACCGCGUGUGAGGAAGAACUAUGUGUGUAUAUGAACAUGUGUGAACAUAAACUGCAUGAACCAUAACCGCGUGACCCUGUUUGGCCAUAGAAAUCAAUAGGGUCCGCUGCUCCCAUUAGGCCAGGGGUUCUCAACCAGGGGUAUACCAAGGGUUAUGCGGGGGGUACGGCAAUUCGCUGACAAAUACCGGCCAUGUAUUGGCCAGUAUUUGUGCUGCGGCCGAGGCCACAUUACCUGAGCUGCAGUGGCUGCCGGGCCUGACAUGUGACGCCCCUGACGUUGCGCGGAGGUGCCAGCACAGCGCAAAAGGACAUCACCCGUCAGUGCGGCCCUCCGACUCCUGACGAACGGGAUAGACACAGGCCUGGUUAUAGGCUGACUCCUCCCACCCACGUGACUGAUCACAUGAUCGUGACAUCAACAAAGGUCCUUUACUUCCUUCAGCUGUACACUCUGGAGCCUGACUCCUCCCACCCAUGUGACAGAUCACAUGAUCACCAAAGAUCCUCAGAAAACUGAAAUCUUCUGUAUCCAGAGAGGGGGAGGUCUCCAUCAGUGGUCGGGGGUCUCCCUUUCUUCUCCUGACUGCCCCCUAAGGAUGGAGAAGGACCUGGAUGUGAUGGAGGAGAGAAUAUUACACGUGGCCCUAGAGAUCAUGUCCCUGCUGAGCGGAGAGGAUUACAUGGUAGUGAAGACAGAAGAGGGGGAAGGAUGGAGCAGGGAGCAGGUUCCUAUAUCGCUGCCUCCACCUCACUCACUGAUACAUAAGGGAAACAGUCAUCAGGAGAUCCUGGAACUCAUCAACAAGAUGGCCGACCUGCUGACUGGAGAGGUUGCUAUAAGGUGUCAGGACGUCACUGUCUAUUUCUCCAUGGAGGAGUGGGAGUAUGUAGAAGGACACAAGGAUCUGUACCAGGACAUAGUCAUGAUGGGGGAUCACCGGCCCCUCACAUCACAAGAUAUAGACCCAACAAGGAUGGAGAAGGCCAGAAAGCACAUGGCUGCCAGGAUAUUACACCUCACCCUAGAAAUAAUCCACCUGAUAACCGGAGAGGAUUACACAGUAGUGAAGAAGGGGUCUGGUGAGUGUGUGACCCCCCAUGUGUCAGGAGGAUCGGGCACCACCCAGAGCCCCACCCCCGAGGAUCCUCCACCUCAUUCACUGAUACAUGAGCAGAAGAUCCUAGAACUGACCACCAGGAUGACUGAGCUGCUGACUGGAGAGGUUCCUAUAAGGUGUCAGGACGUCACUGUCUAUUUCUCCAUGGAGGAGUGGGAGUAUAUAGAAGGACACAAGGAUCUGUACCAGGACAUAGUCAUGAUGGGGGAUCACCGGCCCCCAACAUCACAAGAACAUCUUAAUAAUGAUGCUGAUGGACACGUCAUGUUUACACAAUGUUUGAAAGUUGAAAUUCAAGACUUCAUGCAGCACUCUCCAGGAGAGGAUCUCCUUCCCCUUACUGUACAUCCAGGACCUCACAGUACAGAUCUAUCAUAUAAUGCCCCUAAUCAUGGGAAACCUUCUCCUGACCCAUCACAGGUUGUUACCACAAGGACAGAUCAGAGAGAAGGGAAAAGGUUUAAUUGUGGUGAAUGUAAAAAAGAGUUUACAAAAAAUUCUGAUCUUAUGACUCACAGAAGAAGUCACACAGGGGAGAAGACAUAUUCAUGUUCACUGUGUGGGAAAUGCUUUACAGAUACAUCAGAACUUGUGUCACAUGAGAGAAUGCACAUAGCAGAGAAUCCAUAUUCAUGUUCACAUUGUGGGAAACGUUUUGCUCAGAAAGCAGAUCUUGUUAAACAUCAGGAAAUUCACUCAGCAGAGAGGCCAUAUCCGUGCCCUGAAUGUGGGAAAUGUUUUACAUCCAAACAACGGCUUCUUACACAUGAGAAAAGUCACAAAGGAGAGCAGCCUUUUUCAUGUUCAGAAUGUGAGAGAAGUUUUACAAUAAAAUCAAAUCUUAUAAAACAUGUGAGAAUUCACAGAGGAGAGAAGCCAUAUUCAUGUUCAAAAUGUGGAAAAUGUUUUUCAGAAAAAUCACAGCUUGUUAAACAUGAGACAAAUCACAUUGGAGAGAUGCCAUAUUCAUGUAAAGAAUGUGGGAAAUGUUAUAUAGGAAAAUCACAGCUUGCUAAACAUGAGAGAAGACAUGCAGAAGAGAAGCCGUAUUCAUGUUCAGAAUGUGGGAAAUGUUUUACAGAUAAACCAUACUUUGCUAUACAUAUGAGAAUUCACACAGGAGAAAAGCCCUAUUCAUGUUCAGAAUGUGGGAAAUGUUUUUCAAGUAAAUUGAAUCUUCUGAAACAUGAGAGAACUCACACAGGGAAGAAGCCAUAUUCAUGUUCAGAAUGUGGGAAAAGUUUUAUUAAUAAAUCCGAUCUUAUCAGACAUGAAAGAACUCAUACAGGAGAAAAGCCAUAUUGUUGUGUUGAAUGUGGGAAAUGUUUUACGGAUAAAAAAUAUUUUGUAAGACAUCAGAGAAUUCACACAGGAGAGAAGCCAUUUUCAUGUUCAGAAUGUGAAAAAUGUUUUACAAAUAAAUCAUAUCUUCUUAGACACGAGAGGAGUCAUACAGGAGAGAAGCCGUAUACAUGCUCAGAAUGUGGGAAAUGUUUUAGAAACAAACCAGAUCUUGAUAUACAUAGAAGAAUUCAUUCAGGCGAGAAGCCAUUUUCAUGUUCAGAAUGUGGAAAAUGUUUUACAAGUAAAAAAUAUUUUGUUAGACAUAUUAGAUUUCACACAGGGGAUAAGUCGUAUGCAUGUUCAGAAUGUGGGAAAUGUUUUACAAAUAAAUCGAAUCUUCUUAUACAUGAGAGAAUUCACACAGGAGAGAAGCCUUUUUCCUGUUCAGAAUGUGUGAAAUGUUUUACAUAUAAAUCAAAUCUUAUUACACAUGAGCGAAUUCACACAGGAGAGAAGCCAUUUUCCUGUUCAGAAUGUGGAAAAGGUUUUAGAUGUAAAGCCUAUCUUGUUAGACAUGAGAAAACACACACAGGAGAGAAGCCAUUUUCAUGUCCAGAAUGUGAGAAAUGUUUUAGCACUAAAUUAGAACUUGUUAUACACAGGAGAAGAAGUCACACAGGAGAGAAGCCGUAUUCAUGUUCAGAAUGUGGGAAAAGUUUUACAGAUAAAUCAGGUCUUUUAAUACAUGAGAGAAUUCACACAGGAGAGAAGCCAUAUUCGUGUUCAGAAUGUGGGAAAUGCUUUACAUGUAAAGCCAGUCUUGUUAAACAUGAGAAAAUUCACACAUGAGAGAAGUUCAUGUUCAGAAUUUGGGAAAUCUUAUUAUACAGUACAGACCAAAAGUUUUGAAACACCUUCUCAUUCAGAGUUUUCUUUAUUUUCAUAACUAUGAAAAUUGUAGAUUCGCACUGAAGGCAUCAAAACUAUGAAGUAACACAUGUGGAAUUAUAGAAAUAACAGAAAAGUGUGAAACAACUGAAAAUCUGUCAUAUUCUAGGUUCUAGUCACCUUUUGCUUUGAUUACUGCUUUGCACACUCUUGGCAUUCUCUUGUUGAGCUUCAAGAGGUAGUCACCUGAAAUGGUUUUCACUUCACAGGUGUGCUGAUGUGGAGGAGGAGGUGUCAUGGUGUGGGGAAGGAGGUGUGAUGGUGCGGGGGAGGAGGA